CCUUCCCCUGCACGCCUCCAAAACCCCCUCGCCGCUGCGGCCAAGGGUUUCACCCGCCGCGGAAAGCAUUGCAAGGUGCCGAGGGAUUUCUGAGUAGAGGAGUUGGAAGAGCCAUGGGCAACUCUUGCUUCACUGGUGCCUCUCCUGCACUGCUGGGAAAGACCCAUGAUCCAGCUUUCAAAUGGAAGUUCUAUGGCUUCUCAGCUCUACUUGAUAGGGGGGCUGUAUCAGCCAAUUCUGCCAUUUUUCGCUGUUGUGGAUAUGGUUGGUUCCUGCAAGUGAGCCCAAUGCAGAAAAAAACUGGUCACAAGAUUCCACAUAUUGCUCUUUCGCUCUCGGUGUACCAAAACAGCUUAAAGGCAGAUGACAUCUUGAGCGCUGUGUUCGAGUUGUCAAUGUACAACCAUUCAAAAGGGACAUAUCAUGGAUGCAAAGCUAGCUACCACUUUGAUAUCAAGAACACGCGAUCAGAGAAACAAUGCUUGAUUCCUCUUGAAGAACUACUGAAAUCAUCUGAUUUUCUGGUUGAUGAUAGCUGUGUCUUUGGUGUGAGGAUAUUAAAGGCACAUGUCUCUUCUCAGAAUAAGCCUAUUGUGAUUCAAAAGAAGCCUAGCACAGUUCAGAACAUCUUCCUCCAGAAAAAGGGGUUCAUCAAAGGAACCUACACCUGGACCAUGAACAACUUCCCUGACAUUGUCCCAGUCCGUUCUCCUGCAUUUGAAGCUGGUGGGCAUAAAUGGUACAUCAACAUGUACCCACUUGGUGACCAAUGCAGCACCAAUUCACUUUCCCUCUACUUACACCUGCAUGAUCUGAACAAGAUCCCUCUUGAGACUGGAAUGGUGAUUGAACUGACUCUCUCCAUCUUGGACCAGAAGCAUGACAGACACUACACAGUUACAGGUCGCUUUGUUUUUGGAGUUGCAGCAAAGAAUGGCUGGGGAUGGCCCAACUUCAUUCCUCUCAAGACACUCAUGGAUCCAUUUAGCUGCUAUAUUGUGGGAGCAAACUGUAUGCUGAAGGCAGAUGUCACCAUCAUCGGGUCAUCCAAUGACGGUUAGACACGGAUAGACCUUUGAUGGACUUGGGAAGGAACAAUGGCUUUGGCGACUUAAACUAUUUUCAGAGACACCUAUAUAUAUAAUGCAUAUGUGAUAUGUGAUACUAAUGCUUAGGCAUUGUCUUAUUAUAUAUGGUAUCAGCACGUAAGCUGAGCUAUAGAGGUUCAGGAACUCUAAAAGGAUAAUGUGCCUCGUGUGCAUAUUAUUGGCAUGGGGAGUAAUACAGGGCUUGUGUUUACCAAUUGUUAACUUCAGUUAUAAAUCGUAAAAUAAUUCUGCAUAUAUGUUAUUGCAUUCAGCUUAAUCA